AUGGGCAGCCUGGAGAUACAAACACCGUAUACCUCCACUAACCUCACUGACCUAGAGAAACCCACCACCGAGGUCAUUGACGACGACGACAUAUCCCCUAUUGAGGAGGUCCGACUAACCGUGACCAACACGGACGACCCAACCCUACCCGUAUGGACCUUCCGGAUGUGGUUCUUGGGCCUAAUAUCAUGCGCCCUCUUAGCUUUCCUCAACCAGUUCUUCUCUUACAGAACCGAGCCACUUGUUAUAAGCCAAAUCACUGUCCAGGUGGCUACACUCCCUAUAGGUCACUCCAUGGCUGCUGUGCUGCCAAAAACCAAGUUCAAGAUUCCUGGGUUCGGGUCCAAAACGUUCUCUUUUAACCCAGGUCCGUUUAACAUGAAAGAACACGUGCUUAUUUCUAUAUUUGCUAAUGCUGGAAGUGCAUUUGGUAGUGGAUCUGCUUAUGCUGUUGGUAUUGUUACUAUCAUCAAAGCAUUUUAUGGAAGGAGUAUUUCUUUCUUGGCUGGUUGGCUUCUCAUUAUCACUACUCAGGUGUUAGGCUAUGGCUGGGCAGGGCUAUUGAGGAAGUAUGUGGUGGAGCCAGCUCAUAUGUGGUGGCCUGCCACUCUCGUCCAGGUCUCUCUUUUCAGGGCUUUGCAUGAGAAAGAAGAGGAUCACCGCAUGACACGGUCAAAGUUCUUCGUAAUCGCACUAGUUUGCAGUUUUGUCUGGUAUCUAUUCCCAGGAUACCUAUUUACAACACUCUCAAGCAUUUCAUGGGUCUGCUGGGUAUUUCCGAAGUCAGUAACGGCGCAGCAAAUUGGUUCAGGCAUGAGGGGCCUUGGACUUGGAGCCAUUACACUUGACUGGUCUGUUGUGGCAUCCUUCUUGUUCAGUCCUCUCAUUAGUCCAUUCUUUGCCAUCGCCAAUGUCUUGGUGGGCUAUGGAUUGAUAAUUUACGUUGCAAUGCCCAUAGCUUACUGGGGCCUAGACGUGUACAGCGCACGCCGAUUUCCCAUUUUUUCCUCGCACUUAUUUACGGCUGAGGGUCAGAAGUACAAUAUAACAGCUAUUGUUAAUAACAAGUUUCAGCUGGAUCUACCUAACUAUGAAGAGCAAGGACGAAUUCAUUUAAGCUUGUUUUUUGCUCUCACUUAUGGCUUCGGUUUUGCAACCAUUGCCGCCACCCUUACGCAUGUAGCUCUCUUCUAUGGAAGGGAGAUUCUCGAGCAAUAUCGAGCUUCUUACAAGGCCAAGGAGGAUAUCCAUACAAGAUUGAUGAAAAGAUACCAGGACAUACCUUCCUGGUGGUUUUACUUGUUGCUUGGUGUGACAUUAUCAGUUGCUCUUGCAUUGUGCAUCUUCUUGAAUGAUCAAGUUCAGAUGCCAUGGUGGGGACUCAUCUUUGCGAGUGCCAUGGCCUUUUUCUUCACCCUUCCCAUCAGCAUCAUAACUGCCACAACAAACCAGACGCCAGGGCUGAACAUAAUAACAGAGUAUGUUAUGGGCAUCAUAUUACCAGGGCGACCAAUAGCCAAUGUAUGCUUCAAAACCUAUGGAUACAUGAGCAUGGCUCAGGCUGUUUCUUUCCUCAAUGAUUUCAAGCUAGGACAUUACAUGAAGAUUCCUCCAAGAUCAAUGUUCUUGGUUCAGUUCAUAGGAACAGUUCUUGCUGGAACCAUCAACCUUGCAGUGGCAUGGUGGCUGCUGAACUCCAUUGAAAACAUAUGCCAGGAUGAUCUCCUCCCCGCCAACAGUCCUUGGACAUGCCCAGGUGACCGGGUCUUCUUUGAUGCUUCUGUCAUAUGGGGUUUGGUGGGACCCAAGCGGAUCUUUGGAACACUUGGAAACUAUCAGGCCAUGAACUGGUUUUUCCUUGGAGGUGCAGUAGGACCAGUUAUAGUUUGGCUGUUGCACAAAUCAUUCCCCAAGCAAUCUUGGAUUCCCCUGAUUAACCUUCCAGUCCUUCUAGGAGCAACUGCAAUGAUGCCACCAGCUACACCAUUAAACUACAAUGCCUGGAUCAUAGUUGGAACAAUUUUCAAUUUCUUUAUCUUCCGUUACAGAAAGCAGUGGUGGCAGAGGUACAAUUAUGUUCUUUCAGCAGCAUUGGAUGCUGGGGUAGCUUUCAUGGCAGUGCUUCUGUACUUCUCAGUUGGAAUAGAAGAUAAGAAUUUGAAUUGGUGGGGUACAAAUGGUGAACACUGUGAAUUGGCAUCUUGUCCAACAGCCAAGGGCAUAAUGGUUGAUGGUUGUCCAGUUAACUAA